UUUCUUAUCCCGUUCACAAUAAUGUUGGUCAUUGCGGGCGUCCCGUUGAUGUUUAUGGAGCUAUCCUUCGGACAGUAUGCGGCACUUGGUCCCGUUGCCAUUUAUCGUCGUUUUUGUCCGCUGUUUCGCGGUCUCGGUUACGGUAUGAUAAUCGUCUCCGCCAUCGUCAUGCUGUACUACAACCUCAUCAUUGGCUGGACCAUUUUUUACAUGUUUGCAUCGAUGAAGUCCGAACUGCCGUGGCAACAUUGCGAUCCUGAAUGGAGUACCGAACAUUGCUUUUCGUACGAAGAAGCGGAUCAAUGCGAAGCGGACAAUGGAACGUUCUACCUGAAAGUUUGUUACAACCACACAAUCGCCGACCAGUUCAACUACAGCGGUUUGGCAUUGAGCUCGUUAAAGCGACCGCCAGCCGAAGAGUACUUUGAGAAUUACGUUCUUGGCAUCUCGAAAGGCAUCGAACAUACGGGCAACAUCAAAUUAUCGCUGGCAUUAUGCUUGUUGGGCGCGUGGAUAAUCGUGUUUUUGUGCCUAUGCAAAGGCGUCAAGUCAUCCGGAAAGGUCGUUUAUUUCACUGCACUUUUCCCAUAUGUCGUGCUCGUGAUGUUGUUUGUGCGUGGCGUGACAUUGCCGGGAGCGGAAACGGGAAUUUUUUACUUUUUGACGCCCGAUUUUAAGCAUUUGGCGAGCGCGCAAGUGUAUGGCGAUGCAGCAGUUCAAGUAUUUUUUGCCCUGUCACCCAGUUGGGGUGGAUUGAUCACUCUGUCAUCCUACAAUAAAUUCACGAAUAAUUGCUACAAAGAUUCACUUAUCGUGGCAGUAUCGAACAUAGCGACAUCGUUUUUUGCUGGUUUGGUUAUUUUUUCUAUAAUUGGUUUUUUAGCCCAUGAACUAGAUGUGGAAGUGGAAAAAGUUGUCGAUCAGGGCGCUGGACUCGCAUUCAUCGUAUACCCGGAGGUUGUUACACGCUUGCCGAUCUCGCCGGUGUGGUCGCUCUUAUUUUUCCUGAUGCUUUUAACGUUAGGCUUAGAUUCACAGUUUGCACUAAUGGAAACUGUUACCACGGCAAUACUAGAUAAAUUUCCGAACUUGAGGCAUCGCAAAAUAUGGGUUGUUCUCUUCGUUGCCGUUUUCGGGUAUUUGGGUGGCCUAGGAUUCACAACAAACAGCGGCAUGUACUGGCUGCAGCUAAUGGACAAAUAUGCUGCAAAUUGGUCCGUUCUCAUAAUCGCCAUAAUAGAGUGCAUUUUAAUUGCAUGGAAAUAUGGGUCGGAACGCUUUUUGAACGACAUUCAGAGCAUGAUUGGCAAACAAGGUCGUGUCUGGAUGAUGUUUUGGACGUUGAUGUGGAAGUUCGUUACGCCAGCGGUUUUGUUGUUUAUUCUGUUUUUUAAUUGGGUCGAGUACAAGCCAGCGUCGUAUGGGAAAUAUGUUUACCCGAUAUGGGCGGAUGCAGUUGGUUGGGUGGUCGGGUUGUUGCCGAUUUUUGUGAUAAUUUUAACAGCAAUCCAGCAAAUAGUGAAGGCACCAAAGGAAAUGACUUUGAAGGAGAAAGUCCGCAUGCUAUUGAACGAGACAAAAGAAUGGGGUCCGGCAUCAAAUGUCACAGCAGUCACCUCAACAGACGUCGAUCCGUAUGACAUUGCCACGCGCCCCGUGCAUUGCGCCGCGUUCGACGACGACUACGGCGAGGAGCUGAUGCUCUGAGAGCGAGUAACCACUCCUCGUCACAACCAAUUAACGUCAAACACGAGCAAGAGGAGUAAUUUAGCAGCAAAGAACGAAAAAACGUCAAUUUUCAUGGAAAAUCCCCAAAUAGAAGCAACAACGACGACAAAGCGAAUUACCGCACCGACAAAGAGCAUCUUAAAGUCCAGCAAGGACGAAUAUCGAUCGGAAACGGUAGACUCGAGUCCGAGCAAGGAACCACUUCUCAAACAUCCCAACGAUGAAAUCACAUUUAGACAACAACAACAGGGUAAUCAAGUAAAAACAAGUAGUUCUAAUUUUAACGCAAAAAACGCGAAUAACAAUGUUAAGGCCAAGGUUACCGUGGAAAAACGGAAGUAAAAAAAUAAACAGUAGUUUUUCCGCUAAUUAUUAUUAUUUGAAUCGCA